AACUCACCCAAUGGCUGGCCUACUCCCUCAUGGUCCCAUUCCAACGCAUCCUUGGCCUACAAUGGACCGGCACCGAUUCACUCACCGCGCUACCAGAAUACCGCAACGGCGGCCUCUUCGUUGAUAUGGGCGUGCUGACACUCAAACCCGAAUCGCUCAACAAAGGUCUCAAGGCAUCUGGUGGCGAUCUACCAAUGUACAAAGCUGGCGAUGACGUUAUCGUGGAGUGGCGCGCCAUGACGCUUGUACUGGUAGACAAGCUGUAUGCCAUCGUGCUUGACAAAAUGGAUGGCGUAAAACUUUCCAUGGCACAGUUGCUCGAGGCGGGAACGUGGAAAUCUGGGAGAGAGGUGGCGGCGAAGAAGAGGCCGGAGACGAAGUCGAGCCCGAUCAUUAUUGAGAGUGAUGGUACAGUGUUCUAGAUGACUAGAUCAGCGUCACGGCUUUCCGAAUCACAAUGAAUUCUGCAAUGC